UUCACCUGUUCUUAGAGAAUGGAUGUUAGUGGACGUUAUUGGAGAUUUUCUUUACUGGAAAGAAAGAAUUUCACCCAUUGUCUUAAAAAUGAAUGUCACCAGCAGAGAUAUAUCUCGCUAUAUUCCGUUACCAAAAGGCUUCGACGUGAGAGAUCUUCUGGUCGUAGACAAAGAUCGACAACCGGAAGGAAAAUGCCAAUGUGUUCAAGGCUACUGUUCCAUCAUAAAUGGUUCACGAACUUGUCAUUGUGAAAGUGGUUUCAAUGUCAGUGGCCACGCUUGCACAGAUAAUGAUGAAUGUUUGUCAUCUCCGUGUAAUCUAGCCAUUUUCAUCUCGUGCAACAACACCCCAGGUUCUUACGAAUGUAUAUGUAAGAAAGGUUUCUAUUCCAAUGGAACGGCGUGUCUUGAUAUUGAUGAAUGUAAUUCAUACCCGCAGUGUAACUGUCUAAGUUCAAGAAAAGAAAAGUGUAUUAACACACCAGGUUCUUGCAAAUGUGGAUGUGUAAAGGGGUUCCAUUCAGAUGCUGGUGAAUGUGUCGAUAAUGAUGAAUGUUUGUCAUCCCCGUGCAAUCCAGCCUUCUUAAUCUCGUGCAAAAACACCCCAGGUUCUUACAAAUGUGUAUGUAAGAAAGAUUUCUCUUCCAAUGGAACGAUGUGUCUGGAUCUUGUCUAUUGUUAA